AUGGCCAGAUUCCGCACUGACUGCAUAGAGAGACCCUUACGCAUCAGUUUUGAGAUGCUGGGUCAUUUUAUUGGAUCCCAUCCUUGGUUGUUCUUGAUCACUCCUCUUCUUCUGUCGACAAGUCUUGGGACUGGAUUUUAUUUCCUCAAGGACAGAAUGUCAAAUAAUAUAGAGGAGCAGUUCACACCUGUGGAUGGACCUGCCAAGACAGAGAGGAAAUACAUCCAAGAAACCUUUCCAGGAAACCACUCUGUGUUUUCACGUCUGAGGCUGAGUACAGAUGGGAAUUAUGCAACUUUUAUUGCUACAAGUGACAGAAACAUACUGACAGUGGAGUCACUUCAGCAUGUCUUAGACUUGGACUUUAAAGUCAGGAGUAUGAAGAUGCAAUUUAAUAACCGGUCAUUUGACUAUCUGGAUGUUUGUGCUCAGGUGAUGGGAUCCUGCUACUCUAAUGAAAUUCUGGAUAUUAUUGAGUACAAUGCAAGCAAAAUAGGAGUAGUCAAUCUGACAUUUCCAUGGCAUUACUCUGAUUUAAAGAGUUCUCCUUUAUAUUUAAGUCUGGGGAGUGUGAAUGUGGACAAAGAGAGCUCAGUCAUUGGAGAUGCUAAAGCCAUACAGCUCCAUUACUUUCUGCAAGAGGACAACAAAACAGAAACAGACGUUUGGAUGGAAAACUUCAUUGAGCUGGUCUCAAACUCAUCAUCCACGUCCAUUCAGGUAAGCACAACUUUGAUACCUGCAAGUGCUCCAAAUAAUCUGCUUUUCUUUGUUGUAUAAUGUGGCAAUAUAUUCAUCUUUCUAGGUGUCAUACUCCACCUCCAUGUCAAUGCAGUGGGAAUUUCAAAAAACUCCAUCUUCAGUCAUUUCUCUUUUCUCCAUCACCUACGCCAUUGCUGUCACAUUUUCAAUCCUGUCAUCUUGGAGGUCGGUGAAAAAUUUUCUGCAUAAUUGAGUUUUGGAUAUAUGGCUCUUUUUUUAAAACCUUUUUAUCUGUGUUCAAAGGUUGGAUAAUGUGAGGACCAAAGUGUGGGUGGCCUCCUGCGGGGUGUUCUCCACAGGUCUGGCAGUACUGAGUGGUUUUGGGUUGCUGUUGUUGCUGAAUCAACCCUUUGUGAUGACAGUUGCUUCCUGUCCUUUCAUGAUAUUGGGUAAGUCUUACUGAAUAAUUCAGUCCAUGUGGUCUCCCUAUUCAAGGUUAAAUCAAUUUUUGAAAAAACUAAAACAAUAUUACUUCAUUUUAAUCUUCAAAGUAAAACUAGAAAUGAUAUGGUAUUCAUUGUUCCAUGUUUCCAUAUUCUAGCACUCCCAUGUUGCUAAACCACAUAAAAGUUUCCUGUCAAAGUAUGUGUAAUCAGAUGUAGAUCAAGAUAAAUCAAUCUUGAAAAUGUUGAUGAUCCCUGUGCCACAUUAUACCUCAUGGGUCGCCAAAAAAGUUAUUUGCCAGCUAGUAGAGAAAUUAACAUUAGACUUAAAAGGUCAAAAGAUCCCCUUCCCCAUAGUAGUCAUAUUACUAUGUGUUUUCUGCAACUUUGUAGAUGUCUCACUCACUAAGCUUCUUUUAGUUUAACUUGUCUUGUUGUUUUUUGAUCUUCUUAUCUCUAUUUCUUUUGUUCUGCCUUUAACUAUGAAUCUUCAAGUAAAUUGAGAGUAAUACUAAAAGUAUCCUCAGAGUCACUAACAGAGACUAACCUUUUCACCCACCCAGUGACCCAGCUUUGUUGACUCUCGCUGUCUCCUCCUCUUUUUAAUUCAUAGGUAUUGGACUGGACGACAUGUUCAUCAUGAUCUCUUGCUGGCAGAGGACUGGUGUUCUAGACAGCGUCCCAAAACGACUGGCAGAAACCUACAAGGAAGCUGCCAUCUCUAUCUCUAUCACCACGCUGACAGACGCUCUGGCUUUCUUCCUGGGCUGCAGCUCGCCCUUUGGUUCAGUCCGGUCCUUCUGCUUCUAUGCUGGGGUUUCUAUCUGCUUCUGUUAUCUUUACAGCAUCACUUUCCUGGGGGCGUUCAUGGCUUUGAACGGACGGAGGGAAGCAGGGAAAAGGCACUGGUUCACCUGUGCCAAAAUCCCUGAAGAUACACCUUCAGGGAACUCCAGAGCCUUCAGUAUCUGCUGUGUUGGAGGGAGCUACGAUCGAUUCUCAGAGAAGGAGGAAACCGAAUCAAUGAGUCACUUUUUUGAGCAGUUUUACAGCCCUUUUCUGACCCACAAAACAAUUAAGGCUUGUGUAUUUGCUAUCUAUGCCAUCUAUUUGGCUGUUAGUAUCUAUGGCUGCUUUACCUUAGAGGAGGGAUUGGAUAUCAGGAAUCUGGCUUUAGAUGACUCAUACAUAAUCGACUAUUAUAACAAUCAAAGGCAACACUUUGCUGAAUAUAGCUGCACUGUGAUGGUAGCAGUGCAGCAGCCAUUUCAGUACUGGGAUGAGAAUGAAUUGAAGCAUUUGCGUUCGUGCAUUUCAAACUUUGAGAGUUUGAACUUUGUCAACAGCACCUUUGCUUGGUUUCUAUCCUUUGAACAGUACACAAAUGUGACCAAUCUCAAUAUAAGUACUCCAGAGGCCUUCCAAACCCAUCUAAGCUAUUUCCUAGAACUCAACCCCAUGUUUAAACAAGACAUUAACCUGACCGCAGAUGACGAGACUCAAGCCUCCCGCUUUUUCAUUCAGACACUCAACAAAACCCCAAUGACGGACUUGAUGACCAAACUCAGGAAAACCGCAGAGGCCUGUCCAGUGGAGCUCCUGGUGUACCAUCCUGCUUUCAUUUAUUAUGACCAGUACGUCAUCAUCAAGGACAACACCCUCCAAACCAUUCUGGUAGCUGUGAUUGUGAUGCUAGUCAUCUCACUGGUCUUGAUGCCAAACCCUCUUUGUUCUGUAUGGGUGGCCUUUGCAAUUUGUUCGGUCCUUGUUGGUGUGAUAGGUUUCAUGGCACUCUGGGGAGUAAACCUGGACUCCAUUUCCAUGAUCAACCUCAUCAUGUGCAUCGGGUUUUCUGUAGAUUUUUCAGCACAUAUUUCCUAUGCCUUUAUCUCAAGCCCAAAAAGUGAUAUUAAUGAGAAAGCUAGGGAAGCCUUGGCACAUCUAGGAUACCCAAUACUGCAAGGAGCUCUGUCCACCAUCUUAGGUGUGGUAGUGCUGUCUACGUCUGGGAGUUACAUCUUCAGGACAUUUUUUAAGAUCGUGUUUCUGGUGAUUACAUUUGGACUGCUGCAUGGUUUAGUGUUUAUCCCUGUGUUUCUGACUUUGUCUGGGAUCUGUUGGAAGAUGUUAUGA